AGCUCAACUACGUACUCGAAUCAAGUUCAAGUGUCAUUGUCCUGGUUUUGCAAACGAAAGAGUAUUGAUUUUCUUCUUUCAGCUACUCUUUCUAAAAUAUAAACAGCGAAUAAGUUUAAAACGAACAAUUUAACUGAAUUAGAUUAAAUUCAUUGGAAAUUAAACUUUGGUAGAGGUGACAAACGAAGACGAUAUCUAGAAACCAAUGAAAUCUUAGAUCUGACAUUUCUACGAAAAGAAUUUGAGGUUAGCAAUUUAGCAAAUGAAAACAAUCAACUAAUCAACAGUUAUGUUUAUGAUUAUUUGCUUUGAAGACAUAAAUAAAUAACUAAAAGUGAAACGAUAGUUUAAAAAUAGUAUCUUUCAACUAUCAGAAUUAUUUGACGCAGUGAAAAGUUGAGAAACAUAGUGUUGUUGUUCAAGUUAAUAGGUUUGUUAUUAUUCGUUUGUAAACAGGUAACAUAUCAUAGCAUUUACAUAUAAAUUCUAGUAACAAUAUUGAAAUAGUUUUUGUGAAUUACACAAAUCAUGGCGGACUCAGACAAUUCGGACAGCAGUGAUGAUUUCAUUGGACCACCCGUACCUAAACAGUACUCGGCUGACAUUUCAUCUAAAAAUCAAACAGGUUCAAGUAAAACCAAAGAAAAAGAUUCAUCAGAUGAGGACAGUGACAUAAUAGGACCACCAAUUCCACAACAGUACAAAUCGACCACAGACAAAUCAAGUAAGAUUGGAGGAAAAAAAUCAUCAGAUGAAGACGAUGAACUUAUAGGACCACCAAUUCCACAACAAUACAAAUCAAGUAAAACUGGAGGAAAUGAAUCAUCAGAAGAAGACGAUGAACUUAUUGGACCACCAAUUCCACAGCAGUUUAAAUCGACUAAAGAUGACUUCAUUGGCCCACCAGUACCUAAACGUAUCAGUGAAGAAAAAUCAAAGCCCAGUAUUGAUAAACUCAAAAUAAGUUCUUCAAAUCAAGAGUCAAGUGACGAGGAAGAGGAGGAUGAUAAUGAUGAUGAUGAAGAGGAUGAUAUAAAGUUGAAAAUUCCAUUACAAUGUGAAAUUUCAAUCGCUCAUGGUAAUAAAGCUAUCAACGCCCUAGCAGUGGACCCGGCUGGAGCUAGACUGGCUACAGGAUCUAUCGAUUAUGAAGUCAAGUUCUGGGAUUUUGCUGGUAUGGACAAUACACUCCAAAGCUUCCGUUCAAUGAAUCCUUGUGGCAAUCAUCCAAUCAAAGGUCUCCAAUACUCUACAACUGGCGACACAAUACUGCUAGUCUCAGGUAUGUCUCAAGCCAAAGUGUUGGACAGAGAUGGCCACGAAUUGAUGGAAUGUGUGAAAGGAGACCAAUACAUCGCCGACAUGUCGAGAACCAAAGGACACACUGCUCCACUCACAUCAGGCUGUUGGCAUCCUCGAGUCCGCGACGAGUUCCUAACCAGCUCUGAAGACAGCACCUGCCGUUUGUGGGAUGUGAAAAAGCCGUUCAGUCAGAAGAAUGUCAUCAAGUGUCGUGCUCAGAAUGGUUUGAAAACAACGCCAACCACCUGCACUUUCAGUAGAGAUGGGAACCUGGUAGUGUGCGCUUGCAUUGAUGGCUCAAUACAGAUGUGGGAUUACCGAAAGAUGUUUGUCAACACAUCUCAACUUCUCCGCAAUGCUCACCAACAAGGCUCUGAAAUUUCAAGUAUUUCAUUCUCCUAUCAAGGAAACCUGUUUGUGUCAAGGAGUUGUGAUGAAACACUCAAGUUAUGGGACUUACGCGCAUUUAAAAAACCUGUCAACGUUGUGAAAGGACUAUUUUCGCGCUACAGCACAACAGACUGCACGUUCAGUCCAGACGACUCACUCGUUAUGACUGGAAAGUCAUUAGAUCGUGGUGAGAAUGAAGGUAAACUAUUUUUCUUCGAUGGUAAAACGUUGGAUCCAGUUAAAGAUGUGAUAGUAGCGGAUUCACAUACAAUUCGCAUGCUCUGGCAUCCGAGGUUGCAGCAGAUUUUUGUUGGAUGUGGAGAUGGUACUGUGAAGAUUUACUACGAUGACAAGAAGAGUAUGAGAGGAGCGAAACUGUGCGCUAAGAAAACUCGAACUAAAACUAAACAGAUGGAGGUGGUGUCAGCCCAGCAGAUUAUCACACCUCACGCCCUGCCAAUGUUCCGACAAGACAAGCCCAAGUCUAACCGGAAGAAACUGGAGAAAGAACGUCUGGACCCGAUCAAAUCGCAACGUCCUGAUCUGCCCAUAAAAUCUGGACAGGGAGGAAGGGUGGCCGCUUCUGGAAGCACUCUCAGUUCCUAUGUUAUUCGGAAUCUGGGUCUCAGCAAGAAAAUAGAAGACGACCAGGAUCCUCGGGAAGCUAUCCUGCGCUACGCCAAGGCUGCAGCUGAAGACCCAUACUGGAUUACGCCAGCUUACAGUAAGACUCAACCGGAAACUAUUUUUCAAAAAAAUGAACAAGAUGACGAUGACGAAUCCAACGAUGAACCGGCUAAUAAGAAACAAAAGUUGUAAAUGUUAUCUAAUAAACUAUAUGCAUAAUUAAUAAUUAAAUUAAAAAA